AUGUAUUUUUACUUUAUUGUCUUUAUCUCAAGUACUGUCACUCUCGAAUAUCGCGAGAAUAGUAACAAUCAAGUUGUUAUUGGCUGUACAACAGAUUCAAGUGGCGAAGUUUUUAUUCCUAAAGAUGUUACUGAAAUAUAUAGCAGUUAUCCAAAUUAUGCAUUUAAGAAUUGUAAAGAUUCAAUUACAUCACUUAAAUUCGAAGAUAAUAGUAAAAUUACCAGUAUUAGCAGUAGUAGUUUUUCUUACACAAGUCUUGAAUCAGCAAAUCUCAGUGAAUGCAAACAACUUACAUUACUUAAUUCAAAUGUCUUUUCUAACUGUAAAUACUUGAAAUUAGUUAUACUUCCUCCAAAUAUUUCAGAAAUUGGAGGUUAUUGCUUUCAAUACACUGAAAAUCUAACAUUAAUAGAUUUACCAGAUUCUGUAGUUACUCUUGGUUCUAAUGCAUUUCAAAAUAGUUGUUUAACAACCAUUAAUAUUUCACCUGAUUCUAAAUUAAAAACAAUAUAUUAUGGUGGCUUUAGUUCAGCUAAACUUUCUUCAAUUUUUAUUCCAAAAUCCGUAACAUCAAUUUCUUCAGAAACUUUUGAUCAAUGUCCAUUAGAAAAUAUAACAGUUGAUCCAGAAAAUACAAUUUGUAAAUGUGAUUCAAAAUCAUUUUAUAAAGAAACAGAUAAUUCAACAUUAUUUAGAGUUUGUGUUUCAUAUUCAGGUGAAUAUAUUGUUGCUAGUUAUGUUACAAAGAUUAAUAGUUAUUGCUUUUAUAAAUGUGUAAAUAUUUCAUCGAUUGAACUUCAUGAACAUAUAACAUCUCUUGGAUCUAAAACAUUUUGGUAUUGUACAUCAUUGACAAAUAUUACUUUUAAUGGACAUGUAGAUUCAAUAUCAAGUGAUUAUUUCUCAAAUUGCGAAUCAUUAACAAACAUUUUAUUUAAUGGAAAUGUAUUGUAUAUUUAUGGUAAUGCAUUUUACAACUUCAAAUCAUUAACAAAUAUAACUAUCAAAGGAGAUAUUAACCAAAUUGGAAAUAAUGCAUUUCAAGGCUGUACUUCAUUAACAUGUGUUACAAUUCUUGGAAAAGCUACAAAAAUUGGUCAAUAUACAUUUUCUGGGUGUUCAAAAUUAACAAAUUUAACAAUCAGUGGAAAUAUUUUCCAAAUCGGAGUCAAUGCAUUUCAAGAUUGUGAAUCAUUGAAAAGCUUUAUCAUUAAAGGAAGCAUAAAAGAUAUAAAAGAUAUUAUUGCAGAUUAUUAA